AUGAUUGGUGAUACUUACAAGAGAGAUUUGAUGUUUAAUGCUUGCAUAAAUUCUUAUUGCAUCAAUGUCUAUAUAUAAAGGAAUACAAUUUAUGUAUUGUGUAUACAUAUAUAUAAUUGAUGUAUUCACGACACAGUGUGAUAUUAAACUGUGAUACGAUUAAAUGCAGCUUUUUAAGAUUUACUUUAAGAGAGAGAAGAAGAGGACGAGAGUUUGAAAUCCUAGGUUAUAUCGUGAUUAUUGUUGAAUUUAAAGUUACUAAAAUGACGUCAAUAUUUUGUAUACGUACUGGCUUUGCAGUAAGCCGAACAUUUCUUUUACCCAAUAUUCUUGGGAGAGGUUACGUGACAUACAUUCAAGGCCAAUCCCCUCAACCUCGUGUGCGAGAAUACUUUUAUUAUAUUGAUCAUCAAGGCAUGUUGUUCCUGGAUGAUGUCCGCAUAAGGAAUUUCACCUCCUGCUUUAAAGACAAAAAAUUCCUGGCAUUCUUCUUCAAGCGCCUAAGGAAAAACGACACCAAACGUUACACAGAUGACUUUCCAUUCUUGUCAAUUUGUGGUGUAGAGAGAAAUUAUGUGAGAUGUGAUGACUUACCAUUGGUCUUUACAAAGGUGAUUCAAAAACGUAAUGUGGAAACUGGGGCAGAAGAGGACUGGUUCAGUUAUGCGCACGCAGAUGACUUAUUAACGGUGCCGUUUGAACCGCAAAGAUUAUUUAUGAACAUUAAAACGGGAAGAGUAUAUCAUCCUGCACCAGAGAAAGCGGGCGGAAUCGGUUUAGUGAGAUCCAAUUUAGCUAUUGAAUUCAGCGCCUCGUUCAACUUUCAAAACGGCGAGGGAAACGCACCGACACAUUUUGUCUGGAGAGACGAGCGAUACCAACUCGAUACAGGAUGGUACAGAGACAAACUGCCAUAAAUAGUGAAAUAAAAACAACGAAACUCUUUUUAUAAUUCAUAAAUAUAUUGCGUAACUAUAAAAAAGGAAUUUUUCAAUGACAAGCGUAAGCCUCUCUGAGGUUUACUCAGAUAAACUUUAAUGUUGUUACAUCAACCGUCUAUCAAAAAAGUUAUUAAUAAAGAAUUUACAAACAAGCGUUGCCUGAAAUAAUCUGAAUAAGAUUAGGAAUUCUAUAAAAAAAUUAUAUGUACAUUUACUACAAGUACUGCGGAGAAAUGAAACCCCUGCACAUUUCUACCCUAAAAUAUUCUAUUCUAAUCGAAUCUAAUUCUAAUUUGAAAUUGGGAAAUCCCGUUCAUUUACUUUGUAUUUAAUAAUUUGCUCAGU